UGUCCGCGAGCAUAAGGCCACAUCUUUAGGCCGCCGAGCAUGAUCGCGAUCUCCGCAAGAAACCAAGCGUCGAAUUCACUCCUCCGCUCGCCACCGACGAUGUCCUUUCGAUCGAUCGCCUCCCUCUCCCUCCUCCUACCCCUCCUCUUCCUGCUCCAUUUCUCCUCCGCCGCCGCCGGCGAUGACAAUCUGACGGCCUACCAGGUCCUCGCAUCGUACGACUUCCCGCCGGGCCUUCUUCCCCUGGGCGCACUCGGCUACAACCUCGACGCCACCACUGGCGCUUUCUCCGCCUACCUCAACGGAUCCUGCAGCUUCUCCCUCGAGGGCUCCUACCAGCUCCACUACAAAUCCACCGUCACCGGCGUCAUCUCGACCGGACGCCUCUCCGACCUCCACGGCGUCAGCGUCAAGGUCCUUCUUUUCUGGGUCAACAUCAUCGAGGUCCGACGCCUCACUGACUCCCUCCGCUUCUCCGUCGGCAUCGCUUCUGCCGACUUCGCCAUCAGCAACUUUUACAUCUCCCCCCGCUGCGGCUGCGGGUUGAACUGCACCGACGGCGACGAUUCGCAGGAAUCUAUUCGAUCCCCCCUCCGUCUUCCUGGCCGUCACCAGGAUGCGGUAAGCUUUACUUGAGAACUGUCAGGCUAAGCGUCAAUUAGGGAUUUGUAUCUUUCCCUAAAAUUUGUGAUCCUUAUCUUCACCUAAAGAUUACACUUUAAUUGUGUAUCAAUGUCGAAUCAGAGCCCAGUGAUCUCUGAUUAUCUAGUAAAAUAGGGAAUGAUUUCACUUUAGCUAUGUGCCAAUGUUGAAUCAGAGUCCAAUUAUCUAGUAAACUGGGGAAUUAUUAUGUAAGCUCAGUGCUUUACUUGGCUUGAAAUGCUAGUAAAACAGGCAGUGAUUUCUUCUA